CAGUCGAAUUCUGUUUAGUUAUGUAUCCUGUCCUUUCCGAUAGUCGUGAGCGAACCAUUUUUUGUGAACAGAAUUUGUGGCUAAUUUGCUGAUUUUUAUAAUUUUUACCGGCAGACGGUACGUUUGUAUGUCUGCAGAACUUGCCAGGAAUCGACUCAGCUAGUUUUGCCCACUAUUAAGGGUGAAUUUUGCUGCAAUUGCCGGCGAAAUUUCGGACUUUUACAUCAGACAACUUUGGCAGCAGGAAUGGAGCCGGAUCAAAGCUCCACCAGUAUGGUGAUGCAGAGUCUCACACAAGCAUCUGAGAUGGACAUCUUUGAGAUGGAAGGUCAGUCUAUGGCUGACGAAAGAGACAGGCUAUUGGAAGGCACUACAAGCGAGGCAGGAGAUACUAUAGUGGUCACAGCGGGUGAAGACGAGGUUGCUGUGGUUAUGAUGGGUGAAAGCGCAGAUGCGGACUACCGGCACUCAAUAGAUCAAGCUGGAGAUGUUGUCCCCUUGAUGAGUUAUAGUGACAAUACCAUGAUUGAUUCAACAGAAGCUGGCGAUACCACAGUGGUUCCACCAAGUGAAUCUGUGGAUACCAUGGUUCUGACAAGUGAAGCUGGUGAUACCAUGUUAGUUACAACAAAUGAAGCUGGGGACACCGUACUUGUUCCAACAAGUGGAACUGGAGAUACCAUGGUUUUUGCAACAAGUGCUGCAAUUGACCAAACACUGCUUCAACCCCUGGAUCUCACUCUACCCAUUCCAGGUAAGGAGGUGGAAGAUGGAACUACAGUGGAUGCUGUUGAAGGAGGAAGAGCUGAUGAAGGUCCAGCGGAUAUCAUCAGUGAGACGCAGACUGGACACGACAGUGACAAGGAGCUGACAGAUGGCCAACAAGGGCUCCAUAUCACCAAUGUGGAUGGUCGAGAAAUCAUCUUCAUCUGCACGCAUGGACAAACCUUCCGAUGUAAACCCCAAGCUGGCACUCAGAUCAGUGCCGCUGAGAAGGAACAAGUGAUGGCUAUAACUCCUUGCACUUGUAACAAGUCCAAGAAACCAUCCCAAGGGCAUGUACAGGUAGCCGUUCAGGAAAAUGAUUGGCCACUCCGCACCAGGAACCAAAAGUUCACCUGCAAUAAAUGCGGUGGAAGGUUCACUCAGAAGGCAUCGCUCGACCGUCACAUGACGGCGCAUGAAAGUGACGAGGAGGGAGAGAAAGAUACAACUGAAGCAGAGAUGGAUGAGGCUGAUGCUCAGUCUAAGACAAAUGCAGACCAACCGUCGAGAAAAACUAGGAUGCAGUUGCGGGGAAGUAAUACAAAAGCCCUUAUCAAUGAGUGCAAAGUUUGUGGGAAGGUCUUCUCCAGAUUGAAGGAUUUUGAGAGGCACGAGAAACGACACCAACAGUACAGUAAACAGAAAAAAACUGUUGGGUCAAAGACAAAAGCAGAUGAAGCCAUGUCAAAGAAGGAGUACAAGUGCAGCAUUUGCGGGAUGGUUCUGGAGAAUAAGUACAAAUUGGAACGUCACCGAGAGGAACAUCUGCCGUCUCAUCCGUCUGGAAGCCUGUCCUGCAAAGUCUGCUCCAAACUGUUCGUCCGGCCAUUCAACUUGAAAAGGCAUGAGAAGACACAUGAGGAGAAGCACCAAGCCUCAAAACUGCCGAAAUCGUUUGCAUGCAAGGACUGCCCCAAACUGUUCACCCGCAAGGUUCACCUGCAGCGACAUGAGCAGCUCCACGUCAAAGAGACAGGCAUGGUGUUCAGUUGCACCCUCUGCACCGAGACUUUUGAGGACAAAUUCUCCUACAAGAAUCACAGCAAGACACACACCAUGAAGAAGUACUACCGCGAGAUGACAUGUGAGGUGUGCCAGAAGGUUGUUAAGGGACCCAUCACACUGAAGCGACACAUGCGCACGCACACUAAAGAAAAGCCCUUCCCCUGCCGCAUCGGCUGUGGUUCGUACUUCUCAAGCACAAGUUACCGUAGGAGCCAUGAGCAAUAUCACUGCAGUGCGGGACCCGACCUCCUCUGCCCCUUCUGCGGGAAGGUCUUUGAAAACAAGGCUAGGCUGAUCACACAUGAGACACGAGAACACCGUGAUGGUUUGGAUGAAGAAGGCAGUGCACGCAAGAGGCACACGUACCCGUGCAGGCACUGUGGAAGGGUGUUCCGCUUCAGUGCCGUCCGCUCACGGCAUGAGCGCAUCCACACUAAUGAGAAACCCUACAUGUGCCAGUUUUGCCCGAAAGCCUUUUGCCACGCCAACUCCCUUCUCUGUCAUGAGCGGGUCCACACCAAAGAACGACCCUACAAGUGCACAGUCUGUGGCAAGGCCUUCUCGCAGACCACCCACCUGACCACACACAUGCGUGUCCACACUAAGGAGAAGCCCUACGAGUGCAGAUACUGCAAACAGGCUUUCGCUCACCUGGGUACCCGUAAAAGCCAUGAGAGGACCCACAAAGAGGCCCUGGAGCUCAAAGAUAUCCCUCAAGAAGACCCAAAGAGCCAGCACAUCCUGGUCUCCAGAUUCCAAGGUGUCUCCUACCAGAGCGCAGAGGAAAACCCAGUGAUUCAAGACAGUACGAUGCAGGCCAACAUCUCCACUGGGAAUCCGGAGGGGACGUACCAAGACAUCGCAGAUCCUGGACUGCAAGAAACUGACCACCAGGAGCUCCAGGGAGAUCCUGGAGACAUCCCGGAUUCGGAGAUGCAAGAUGUCACCCACAGGAUUAUUCUCAGUCACCCGGAGCAUGAGGUGCAAGCAGCCGACGUCAUCCUGCAGUUGCUGCAGAGUGGUAACAGGAUGGCUAACUUUGAUGGGUUGGUGCAUAUUGUGCAGUCACAGCAACAGUAGUAUUAACAUUGUAGUCUAGUCCAACACAAGACUAUCACAAGUCAUUCAGUCCAGUGUCAAGGCAAAAAGCUGUUCAAGUAUGUCUUGGCUAAGGCACUCCUGUUUUCGUGGUUUAUCCCUCAUUUAUAAUUAGAAGUGCUGUUAGGCCAAAAAAAAAAAAAAA